AUGACCAAUGUGGAUCGACGAACCAAAACUCUAGCAUAUUCAUUGAAGAGAAAUAAGAAGUCGAUUGCAUCGUCUCAGAUAACGUGGGAAAUGAUUUGCGGCAAGUCAUGUAGAGAAACGCAAAAAAGAAAAGAGGAAGAUGAUUUCGAGGUUCUCGAUAUGACUGAAGGAAAUAAUGAAGAUGUUCGCGAAGAAGGAGUUCAAAGAUAUAUGCCCGAUGGAAUGGACGAGCCCGUUCACGAUCGUCAAGAAAGUAGAAAUGCGACAGUGAAAAACUUGCCGCAACCAAUCGUGGAUGUAAUAAAAAGAUUUUUUAUUCAUUUGUUCGGAUUGAAUUCGAACAUUUAUUCAAAAAUUAGCUUGACCGACAUUGAAGUGAUGGACAAUUCGUAA